AAUCAAUACGAGACUUGGAAACAUACAAUCCACAUGGCGGCACAGACUGGAGCAAGGGCCAUGCAGGUCCGGAUACACCUCAAAUCAAAGGAUGGCGAGAUUGAGCUUCCCGAGCAGACUGGACCGAUUCUGGUGUCGACAGAACUGAAACGGUAUCAACUUUCUACUCUGGUAAACAGACUCCUCGAAACCGAAAGACCCGUUCCUCUGGAGUUCCUCAUCAAUGGCCAAUUUCUUCGUACAUCUCUCGACGAGUUCCUCACACAAAACGGCAUCAGCGCGGAAGCAACUUUGAAUGUCGAAUACGUCAAAGCCCUGGUCCCUCCACUCCACGUAGCAAGCUAUGAGCACGAUGACUGGAUCUCCUCCGUUGAUGUCCUCUCCUCUACCUCGAAAGCCGCAGAAUGGGCAAAGACCGCCUCCCCGGUCCAGAGCAGACUCCUUUCUGCAUCAUUUGACGGCAGCCUCCGUAUAUGGAAUAUGAGCUCAGAAGUCGUGGCCACUGGUCAAUGGCAUCGAGGUGCUGUCCACUGCGCAAGGUUCAUCUCUCCAACACAAGUCGCCAGCGCAGGCAUGGAUAAAUCGGUGCGAAUCUGGGACUUUGAAGACGCCGAGACCGGGACUGGCUCGCUCAAACCCAAAUUGGAACUGGUCGGUCACAAGUCAGUCACAGAUAGUCUCGCAGUCCACGCUCCCUCCUCUCGUAUCCUCUCCGCUUCAGCAGACAACCGCAUCGGGUUCUGGACCACGAAGAAGUCAGAAGCUCCAGCUGCGCCUGAAGCUCGCGCACCUACAGCCAACAAGCGCCGUAAGCUCUCCGGUCCGCAGAUCUCUGUCGCACAAAGAGGACCACUCGCCAUGCUGGACAGCCACAAGCAGGGUGUAAAGGAAGUCUGCUUCGACGAGAACGACGCCACGGUGGCAUACAGCGCUUCGAUCGACCACUCAGUGAAGACGUGGGACUUGACAACAAGCCGCUGCGUGGACACAAAGACGACCAACCAAAGUCUGAUGGCUCUCUGCCACCUACCAGAACAUUCUUUGAUCGCCACAGGAGGAGCGUUACGAUACAUUGACCUUGUCGACCUCCGCGCUUCGGCAACGAAAGUCAGCGCUCUUCACUGCAGCGGACACACAAACUGGAUACGAUCAAUCUCCCGAGAUCCUUCGUCAAGUUACCAAUUCAUCACAGCGAGCGACGACAGCACGUGCAGGAUCUGGGACAUUCGAUCGACGUCGAGUGAGGCAGGUGGUGGACAGGUCUCGACGCCGGUGUAUGUCAUUGACAGAGCGAGUGAGAAGGGUGCGAAGCAGGAACAAGGCUCGGAGUCAACGGUGUACUCGGUAUGUUGGGAUAAGGAGGUUGGUGUGGUCAGCGGCGGAAAGGACAAGAUGUUGCAGAUUAAUCAGUCGCCGGCUUGAAAAAGGGGUAUCUCAUCGCAUUCAACCUCCGUAUGAGGUUCCAUGCGCUCUGUCUCCAUUUUCUCCAUCU